AUGUCUAGAAUACUUGGAUGCCUUGAAUUAGUCAAUGUAUCCUCAUUAAAAUUAUCUCAUUUGAAAGAGGUGAAUGGAAUCACACAAGAUGAUCUGGUUGAUAAUACUAUUCCAAUAAGGUCUCAUCAUGUUUUGAAAAUUGGGAGAAACGGUAUAGAGACAGAUCUAAUUAUUGAUCAUCCGGCUGUAUCUGCAAUUCAUUGUAUCUUUUGGUGUGUCCUAUUCGAUGAAGAAAGUUUCCCAAUGUGCUACAUAAAGGAUGUUUCUUUAAAUGGAACUAAGAUUAAUAACGUCCUUUUACAAAGAGAUACAAGUUACUUAUUGAAAGAUAAUGAUAUUAUAAGUAUUGAAUGUGACUCUGGUAUAAUUUGUUCCUUAAAAUUUAUAGAGACAAUAACAAGAAAAUUGAAUGUUGAUUUAUUAAAACAAUUAAAUGUAGAACAUAGUAUAGAUGAUUGGAAAAUUUCAACUAGAGUAGUUGGAAAUGGUACUUUUGGUCAUGUUCUUGUUUGUGAAAAUGAAAAAAUUAAUAAUUUUACUCAAAAACAUUUCACAUUACCAAAAAAUUAUGCCGUUAAAAUUAUUAAAUUAAAACCAAACAAAUUAAACAAAGAAGCUAAAAUCUUAUUACAAUUAAAUCAUCCAAAUAUUAUUAAAGUUUAUCAUACUCAUAUGGAUUUAAAUAAUAACUUAUUUAUCUUUCAAGAUUUAAUAUCUGGUGGUGAUUUAUUUUCAUAUUUAGCCAAGACAGAUUGUCUUACUGCAAUACCAGAAACUGAAUCCUUAUUGAUUGUUUAUCAAAUUUUAUUGGCUCUUAGAUACUUACAUAAGAGAGGUGUGGUUCAUAGAGAUCUUAAAUUGGAUAAUAUUUUAUUAGCAUCCCCAGAACCUUGUACAAGGAUUACUUUGGCAGAUUUUGGUAUCGCCAAACAUUUAACAUCCACAAAGACUAGAAUGCAUACCGUUGUUGGUACCCCAGAAUAUUGUGCUCCAGAGGUAGGAUUUAAAGCCAACAGGGAAAUGUAUCAAACUUUUUCUAGGGCUGCAACUUUAUCAGAUAAAGAUGUUGGCUACAGUAAUAAAUGUGAUUUAUGGUCUUUGGGAGUCAUUACUCAUAUUAUGCUUACAGGUAUUUCUCCGUUUUAUGGUGAUGGAACUGAAAAAUCUAUUAUUGAAAAUGCAAUGAGAGGUAAUAUUAAUUAUAAUAUUAAACAUUGGGAAAAGAUAAGUUCAACAGCAAAAGAAUUUGUGAAAAAUUUAUUACAAGUAGAUGUUAGACAAAGGUUCGAUAGUAAUCAAGCAAUUAAUCAUCCAUGGAUUGAAACUCAUCGGAGUCAAUUAGAUCAAAUUUAUCAGAAAAAAAUAUUACAACAAGGUGCAUCGAAAAGGCCAACUACUUCUCUCUCCAAAACACCUGGAAACCAAAUAAAACCAUAUUUGGUUCAGGAUACUAAUGAUUCCAUUGAAAAAACAAAAAUGAAUUGGAAACGCAAGUUGCCAAAGACUAUAGUGGUCUCCAAUAAAAAGCACAAAUUAAACACAUUGCAUAAAUAUACUAAUAAGCAAAAAAUAUAA